GAAGGCGCUCCCCGCCGGGACGGGAGGGGAGGAGAGCCGCCGCGGCCGCCCAAUCCCCCGCUUCCCCCGGGAGUCUCCCCCCCCGGCCGCUCCGUCCCUCCUUCCCUCCCGUUUCCUAAUCAUUUCAUUUUAGUCCUUUUUUUUUGAAGCGAGGCUCGUUUUUUAUCCCACUUUUCAUUUUUCUGCGUGCAGCAGCAGCGGCUGCUCGGCUCCUCUGAUCCCCGCUUUCCGCGGCUCCUCUCCCGGCUCCGACCCCCCGGACCCCCGGUCCCCAUCACCGGCUCUGCGCGGCUCCCCUCCCCGCUCCAGGCGCCCCGGAUCCCCGCAGAUGCUGCCCCCGCGCCGGCCCUCCGCAGCCCGGACUGGGAUCUAAAACAAACCCCCCGGAGCAGCUUGCAGGACCCGGGACUGUAGUGGACCCGGACCCGGCCCCCCCUCACCCCCCCCGGCCCUGCUCCUCCUCCCCCUCCCUCCUCUUCUCUCCUCCACCUUAAUCCAGGUGGUCCUCCGCUUCUUUGAGUCGCGGCUGCAGGGAGGAUUUACUCUUCAUCUCCGCGGCGGAGUGCUCCAGUCCCCGCUCCCUCAAGGACCCUAGUGUGAUGUUCUCCAUCCAGGACGGCCUCCCCCGGGGCGGCCUGACCAUGAAGGAGGAGCCGCUCCCCACCGGCAUGACCCCGGUGCGCUCCUGGAUGCAGGGCGCGGGGAUCCUGGACGCCAACACGGCGGCCCAAAGCGGCGUGGGUCUGGCCCGGGCUCACUUUGAGAAGCAGCCGCCCUCCAACCUGAGGAAGUCCAACUUCUUCCACUUCGUCCUGGCGCUGUACGACCGGCAGGGCCAGCCGGUGGAGAUCGAGAGGACGUCCUACGUGGACUUCGUGGAGAAGGACAAGGAGUACAACGGGGAGAAGACCAACAACGGGAUCCACUACAGACUACAGCUCCUCUACAGCAAUGGGAUCCGGACAGAACAGGACCUUUACGUCCGGCUGAUCGACUCCAUGACCAAGCAGCCCAUCCUGUACGAGGGCCAGGACAAGAACCCGGAGAUGUGCCGCGUGCUGCUGACCCACGAGAUCAUGUGCAGUCGGUGUUGUGACAAGAAAAGUUGUGGGAACCGUAACGAGACGCCGUCGGACCCGGUCAUCAUCGACAGGUUCUUCCUGAAGUUCUUCCUCAAGUGCAACCAGAACUGUCUUAAGAAUGCCGGGAACCCCCGAGACAUGAGAAGGUUCCAGGUGGUCGUGUCCACCACGGUCAAUGUGGACGGCCACGUCCUGGCGGUGUCCGAUAACAUGUUCGUGCACAACAACUCCAAACAUGGCCGCCGCGCCCGGCGCCUGGACCCCUCCGAAGCAGCCACCCCCUGCAUCAAGGCCAUCAGCCCCAGUGAGGGCUGGACCACCGGCGGCGCCACCGUCAUCCUGAUCGGGGACAACUUCUUCGACGGGCUGCAGGUCGUGUUCGGGACCAUGCUGGUCUGGAGCGAGCUCAUCACGCCUCACGCCAUCCGGGUCCAGACUCCGCCCCGCCACAUCCCCGGGGUCGUGGAGGUCACGCUGUCCUACAAGUCCAAGCAGUUCUGCAAGGGAGCGCCGGGCCGCUUCGUCUACACCGCCCUGAACGAGCCCACCAUCGACUACGGCUUCCAGAGGUUACAGAAGGUCAUCCCUCGCCACCCCGGGGACCCCGAGAGGUUACCGAAGGAGGUGCUGCUGAAGCGAGCGGCCGACCUUGUGGAAGCUCUGUACGGGAUGCCGCACAACAACCAGGAGAUCAUCCUGAAGCGAGCGGCCGACCUGACCGAGGCGCUCUACAGCGUCCCCCGCAGCCACAACCAGCUGCCGUCGCUCACAGGCUCCGCCCACUCAGGGAUGAUGGGCGUGAACUCGUUCAGCAGCCAGCUGGCCGUCAACAUCUCCGAGGCGUCGCAGGCCGACCAGGGUUACUCCCGUAACUCCAACAGCGUGUCGCCCCGCGGCUACGUGCCGAGCUCCACCCCCCAGCAGUCCAACUACAACACCAUCACGUCCAGCAUGAACGGCUACGGCGCGGGGAUGACCAACCUGGGCGUGGCCGGCUCCCCCGGCUUCCUCAACGGCUCCACCGCCAACUCCGCUUACGCCAUCAAACAGAAGAGCGCCUUCGCCCCCGUCGUGCGGCCACAGACCUCCCCGCCCCCCACCUGCACCACCACCAAUGGCAGCAACCUCCAGGCCAUGGCCGGUCUCAUCGUGCCCCCCAUGUGAGGAGGAACCCCAGAAGGCACCACAGAGCCCCCCGUCCCCCCAACAACCCCCCACAUCCAUCAGCCCUCACACCGACCAAGCCGUCUGAGCCGGAGCCGCCGCUGCACCGGAGUCUUCCUCGACUCCUCCUCUUCUCUUCCUUGACUCCGCCCCCAGCCCAGGAGGCCCCGCCCCUCAGGCUGGCAGAGGCCGCCGCCCCCUCAGAGGACACGUCUGACAUACGAAACUGGAAUCUUCAGGAGUCUGUGGGCGGGUCUGGGGGCGGGGCCUGAUCCGUCCGAGCCGCUGGGACACAGGAAGUGGGCGUGGCCACCGGGAGCUUCUGUUCAACGGAAAGACGUCACACGUGUAAAAUGUCGAGAUGCUUUUGCACGUCAAUCACUGUUUUAAUUAUCGCGUUUGGUUUUGUUUGACAAAGAAAAGUUUCUGCUAAUCAGUUAUCGGAGAAACGCCUAAUCUGCUGAAGUUCUACCUGUGGAACACGU